CACACAUUGCAUAAUUCUCCCCCCACCAACACACACACACCGGGUGGCUUAUCAUCUCUUCAUACCUAAAACCAUCUUUUUUUUAGAUUUAUUUUUAUUGCUUCUUUAUCCUUAUCUGACAUUAUUAUGCCUCAUUUAGAACUAUUAGCCACUCUUGAAGGUCAUCAGGAUCGCGUUUGGCAAGCAUCUUGGCACCCCACAAAGACUUUAUUAGCCACUUGUUCCGGUGACAAGACUGUGCGUUUAUGGAAACCUGCAACACACAACAACUUCACUGAAUGGCACUGUGUAGAGACAUUAGAAGGCGCUCAUAAAAGAACCAUUCGUAGUGUUGCUUGGUCCCCAACCGGUAACGAAUUAGCAACUGCCAGUUUUGACGCAACAACAGGCAUUUGGGAAAACGACCCUCGAGAUAACGAUUGGGAGUGUGUAGCUACUUUGGAAGGCCAUGAAAACGAAAUCAAGUCAGUCUCAUGGUCUUCUACUGGUGCACUUUUAGCCACUUGUUCUAGAGAUAAAAGCGUUUGGAUUUGGGAAGUCGAGUCGGAUAAUGAUUUUGAAUGUCUUAGUGUGUUACAGGAACAUACACAAGAUGUCAAGAUGGUAGCAUGGCACCCAAAGUUAGAAAUAUUAGCAUCUGCUAGUUAUGAUGAUACAAUCAAGAUUUGGAAGGAAGAUGAUGAUGAUUGGUAUUGUGCAGAUACAUUAGAAGGGCAUACAUCCACUGUGUGGUCUUUGGAUUUUGAUGCUGAAGGUGAACAAUUAGUCUCCGCUUCAGAUGAUAAGACAUUACGUAUCUGGAAAAUGUAUAAACCAGAUAAUGAACAAGGUGUGAUCACACAUAACGGCGAACCUACAUGGAAGACAAUCUGUACAUUAUCUGGCUAUCAUGACAGAUGUAUUUAUUCAGUAUCAUGGUCCAAGGUCAAUGGAUGCAUCGCUAGUGUGAGUGGAGAUAAUAGCAUCCGUAUAUUCGAAAAGGAUUCAGACACAACAGACCCAGAUUCACCCAACUAUAAGAACACAAGCACAACAAAGGAUGCACAUGGUGUCUACGAUAUUAACGGUGUGUCAUGGUAUCCCAAUGAAACACACGGUGAUUGGUUAUCCACUGUAGGCGAUGAUGGCUUAGUGCGUAUUUGGAGAUGGGUCAAAGAUUAAUGGUUUAUUAUUUGAGUCCAUAACUCAUUCAACCAACCCGAUAUUUCAUUAACCUGCUUGAUCACCCUUUCCUUUUCUCUCUCGGAUCCUUUAAACUUGUUUAUAUAUCUUGUAAUAAAUUU